AUGUACGACAGCCUUUUAGUGUUAUCAACUUUCUUUCUUUCCUUCCUCCCUUCCUCCCUUCCUUCAUUUAUUCGUUUCUUUUCUUUCUUUGUUAUUCUUUCUUUCUUUCUUUCUUUCUUUAUUAUUUAUUCUUUUCUUUCUUUCUUUCUUCCUUCCUUUCUUUCUCUUUUCUUUAUUUAUUUAUUAUUUAUUCCUUUCUUUUAUUUCUUCCUUCCUUCCUUUCUUUCCUUCUUUCUUUCUUCAUUUCUAUCUUUCUUCCUUUCUUUCUUUAGUCAUCCUUCCUUUCCUCCCUUAUUUCUUUCUCUCUUCCUCCCUUCCUACCUUACUUAUUGUUAUUAUGAAUGCUUUCAUUAUUUAAAGCUUUUAUCUCUCUUAAUUGUACGAGAGCCCUAUCGUGUUAUCAACUUUCCUUCCAUUUAUUCUUCAGUCAUUCAUUCUUUUCUUUCUUUUUUUAUUUCUUUCUUUAAUUCUUUACUUAUUUUUCCUUUCUUUUUUCUUUCUUCCUUUCUUUCUUUCCUUCUUUAUUUCUUCAUGUUUUUCUUUCUUUCUUCCUUCCAUUCUUUACUUAUUUAUUCAUUUCUUCUUUCUUUCUUUCUUUCUUUCUUUCUUUCUUUCUUCCUUCCUUCCUUAUUCUUAUUAUGUAUGCUUUCUUUUUCUCACUAA